GGUGCCAACGUUUAGGUCAGUCACAGAGUUGCCAACCGAACCAGUUUAUAUCUUCUCAGUUGGACAUCCCGGUCAGUUAGCCUCUGGACAUUAUUAGUGAAAGACUCAACAAUGUAUUUAGAUAAGUGUAUUGUGUUAGUUAUUUGUGCUGUUAUAGUGAGUGGAAGAGGACAAAAACAGAACCGCCCAAAAGGCUGCACGUUAGACAGUGGAGAAAAAAUAAAACUAGGCCAGCAAGUGGACGUACCAGGCAAAUGCAGAUUGCACAAAUGUAUCGGCAACGGGGAAUGGACCACGGGACCAUGUGGAUAUCUAGGAGUUCCAGCAGGCUGGGGUUCAACGACCGAGGAUACCUCUAAUACAGCCAAGUAUCCAGAGUGUUGCGCUCACUUGAUUCCUCCACUGGAUAUAGUUCCGGAUGUGCUCGACUCACAACCUGGAACUGAGUAUAUGACCAUCAACUACGGUCCAGGUGUGACAGUUGAUGUUGGCACUACCUUGACACCUACUCAGGUUAAAGGAGAACCAGAAGUAAACUACACAUUCUGGGCGGAUCCCAAGUCCUACUACCUCCUUGCCAUGGUAGAUCCGGAUGCACCGAGCAGACAGAAUCCGCAAAACAGAGAGUUCCUGCACUGGUUGGUAGCGAACAUUCCCGGAGACAACAUCAAGUCCGGAGAAACGAUCGUGGAAUAUGUUGGAGCAGGACCCCCGCAAGGGACUGGGCUACACAGAUACUUCUUCUUGCUUUACAAGCAACCAGGAAGAAUAAAUAUCAAUCAGCAAAGGAUGAACAAGAACUCUGUUGGGUGGAGACCAAAAUUUUCCAUUAAGAAGUUUGCCAAAAAUUAUCGUCUCGGUCGUCCUGAAAGUGUUAAUGUAUUUCAGGCCAUGUAUGACAGUUAUGUACCGGAAAUUCAAAAACAGCUCUCAGGGACUAGCUCACCAUCUGGAAAUGUGUUGGGUCAACAAAACUACGGUAACAACCCAUGGGGAGCUUCUGGUCAACAACCUGGUCAAAAUCCAAAUCCACAACAACCUGGCCUCGGACCUUGGGUACAAACUCAACAACCACAACAACCUAAUGUCAACUGGCAACAAACUGAACGACCUUCCUACCCCAACCAGCCAGGUCAACAAUUCGGCCCCAACAACUAUCAACAACCACAACAACCUAACUACUCCAACCAGCCAUCUGGCUCCAACAACUAUCAACAACCACAACAACCUAACUACUCCAACCAGCCAUCUGGCCCCAACAACUAUCAACAACCACAAAACGGUUACAACUCACAACCCAGCGCUACUUCUUCCGGUAACUACUGGUUCGAGAAAAGAAAACAACAACAAGAGGUCGUGCGGAACGAGGUGAAGCCUGAGAUUUUCGGCGGGAACGGUCUAAAGCGGGGAAAUCCAUGUGUUUGCUUGACUGCACAUUCAGUUUCAGGUGACUGCAUGGUGGACGACCACGUAGUCAAAGUAGGGGAGAAAGUCGACGUUCCUGGCAAGUGUGUCUACCGAGCCUGCGCUGGCACUGACCAAUGGAUCAUGAAGGCGUGUGCGUCCAUCGGGCUAGCUCCAGGAUGGAUCGUUACCCCCGAGGAUGUGUCAAAGAUGUACCCAGAGUGUUGCGGGAGAGCUGCGCCUCUUCUGAACAUCAUUCCUGAUGUCGUGACGGGGCUGCGAUGGAGCCUUGCGUUGAAACUAACCUACGCUAACAACACCGUGGACUACGGCAAUGAGCUGACACCGACGCAGGUGAAACUUCCACCAGUUGUCGACUACUGGGCGGACCGUGACUCUUGGUUCUUGCUAUCCAUGGUCGACCCUGAUGCUUCCACCCAGUUCCUUCACUGGCUCGUAGGAAACAUCGCGGGGAACGACGUAGCGAGCGGAGAUAAUCUAGCAGAGUAUGUCGGCUCUGGACCUCCUAAAGGAACGGGUCUACACCGAUAUGUAUUCCUUCUAUACAAACAGAGCGGAAAUAUCACAUUUGACGAACCUCUUUUGGACACGAGUUACCAAGGAAGACGAAACUUUUCGGUUGAGAAGUUUUCCCGAAAAUACAACCUUAGCGAUCCUAUCAGUCUGAAUUUUUUUGUCGCCCAGUAUGAUGAUUACGUCCCCGAAGUUCACAAGCAGCUUGGAAUAACUUCAGUUGAUUGAUUAAAUUUUGUCGAGGAUUUAGAUUUAGUAAAAUUUAUUUGUUUAGAAUAAAAAAAGGUGUUGGCAAAUAUGGUUUUUAACCUGCUACUCUAAUCUGGUAUUUACCAAAGCAGCAAUGUAUUUAUAAAAUAAAAUAUUUUACUGAUUAAUUGUAGUUUAUUUU